AGGACAUUGAAAUAAGACACCAACAUGGCGGGUUCUCUCCAAAUAGGUGAGAUUGAACAGGCGGUUAUGACAGGUGUGCGAGCUGCACUUCAAAAUGCGCUUCCGCCGGUACAGUCCACACCAUCAACGGUGUUUAUCGCACAGUCGCGCUCGUCCACGAGCCACAGAGACGUGGAGGACGAGGAGCUGACCAGGAUCUUUGUCAUGAUCCCCAAGACGUUCUCGGAGGAAGACCUGAAGAAUACAUUCAAGGAGUACGGCGACAUCGAGUAUUGCGUCAUCAUCAAGAACAAGAUGACGGGGGAGAGUAAAGGUCUGGGCUACGUGAGAUACCACAAACCCUCCCAAGCUGCCGUGGCCAUCGAGAACUGUGACAAAGCUUACAGAGCCAUCUUGGCCGAGCCUCGCAGCAAGCCCCCAGCCUCAGAGGAGUACAUGGGCGGGGCCACGUCCAGGAGCGACUACACGGGCGCCGCCACCGCCGCCGCCGACUCCAUGAACCAGUACCCCUUCACCAUGACCUCUCUCCUUCCACGUCCAGGCUCGGCAGAACCCACCAACUACACUGCAAUGGACUACCGCUCCGGCGACUUCACCUGCUGCCUGAUGGUGUCCACGCGAGCUGCGCUGACCCAGGAGCAGAUCUUUAACCUCUUCGAUAUCAUCCCGGGGAUGGAAUACUGUGAGCUGCAGCGUGACGCCUACGGGAUGGGCAAAGGGUUCACACUUUUACCAGAACCGAACGGGAAGCACUGGCCAAAGAAAUGGACCCCACGGAAGGCAGACACCAUCAGGCUGGCCCUCCGUAACCAGGCUUCACGUCUUGGUCAAUAAGGGGACAAGUUUGACUUUCUGGGUGGCGGCAUUAAGGAGCUGCGGAUGUCUCUGGUCGCCACCAUCGCAACCCCCACUGACAGCAACUGUCUGAGCUGCCCUCUGCCAACUCACCUGCACUCUGCCCUCAGGUAUGAAGAACUAGAAGGUUCUCCACCUACACUUUUGAGAAUGGGACGAAUUUUAGUAAUAUUACAGAGAUGAAAGAAGGCUAUUUAGUAACACUCUUAAUGUGUGACUCAAACAAGAGAGUUGGGUCGAAGAUAAUACCCAGAAUUUUUACAGAGUUGCUUUGUGUAAUUGUUUGGUGUUGCAGGACCCAUAAUCAGUAUUUCUGUUUUCUUAGCGUUAAAGAAGCAAAAAGU